AUGGAUGAUACACAAACAUGCGAGGAGAAGUAUGGUGUGCCAAACGAGGCUGUUGUGAACAAUGAUUCUGCUGAGUCCAGUGCAGGAACUGGAACAACAAGCCUAUUUUGUCUCCCACAAACAGAAGAAGAAAUGAGGCAUUGUAAACACUGUGAAUUUCAAGCAGAAGAUUGGCCUGUAAGUAUACAUUUAAUAUAGUUAUAUAAACUAUAAGACUCUUGCAUCAUGUACGUUGGUGCAGUCAAAUUCAAGGAUUCUGUGCAACACAUUUUCAAAUAUUUUGGUAUUUCAUCAGGAUCAGCAAAUUGGGGUUUCUUCGUUUUCGCCCACCAAAGAUUUACACCAGGAAAAUUACAACUUUAGAAAACCCGUCAGAAGCACAAAAUUUGUUAAGCAUACACAGUUUGCCAAUCUGCUGCCUUUUAAUUUUUUUACACCAAAAUCUCCUUUGUGCUAUGCCAAGUGGCUAUGCUUUCCGCCAAAGAUCUUGAGCUGAUGGGUAUCGGAAUCCAAUCAGGAAAUGACACAGAUUAUAAGUAAUUUGUGCAACUCAUGCAUGUGCAUACAUAAUAGUUUCCAUGACAACAGUGUACCCUUUCUUCCUCGAUAACAGUAAUGGUUAUUCAAGAAGUCCGGUCUCUAGGUGCAAACAAGUGAACAUAAUUCACUCCUAAAAUUAUUUUAUUAGUUAUGAUGAAAAGUGCAUUGUAUGAGCGCUUGAACGCUAUUCCAGGCGUUAGCCUGGGGCAAGGGUACUAAUUCCACCCGGCUAUUUACACCCUGGGAAAGGAAAGCAUUAGCGAAGUCUAAAGUUCAUCAAUGAUUGUGGGUGUGUGACUAUGGUUCAUGGGUGGACCUCCUCACCGAUCUCAAAAAUAUGGCUGUUUGCCAGGAAAUUAAUUGUUAUAUGGUUCGGAAAUUCAUUGUUAUACGGUUAAAAGCAAUUAAUCUUUCAACUAUUUUUGGCAUGUUAUACAAAAUAUAACAAAAAUUAAAAUUAUUGUAUUGCCAUGGCAACACUGACUGAAAAAAGGAAUGCGGCUAUUGGGGGGCAAAUUCAAGUCCCAGAUGCCACUGGUGUUCCCAUUGGUGAGGAGUUUCAAUAAGAACAUGAUUUUCCUAAAUGGCCCUAAAUUUGCCCCCCAUUAGCUCAGGGUGCAUUCCGUGUAAACCUCGCGCCGAAGAUAAUCUGAGGUAGUGUUGCCGUGCACCAAGUGAGGUCAACUUAUGCGCCAGCUGAUUACGGGCACCGUGAUUUUUCAUUCAUAGUUAAUAAAAUUUAAACUUGCUAAAAAAGCAUGUAACUAUAAUUAAUAAAAUGUUUUGCUGAUAAGCAAUGCUACGUCAACCAUCAAACUGAAAACUUGUGCGCCAACCUCAACGUGGUUGUGCGCCAGCAAUUCAAAAACUCACACCGAAGAUCUUCCACAAAACGUGCAUGGAAUGCACUCUGGCCAUUAGCAGCAUCCCCAAAUUUUAACCUCAAUGCCUCCUCUAGUGUUAUUUAUAAUCUAUGGAAUAUGUAUUAUGCAAUAUAGUAGCCAAGUAUACUGUAGGUUGGUUGAAAUAUGCAUGUACUUUGGAGUUUGGAGUUCCAUUUUGGCAUGUCUUGCCUUUGGCAUGUCUUGCCAUUAUACUUCAUCUGCCAUUAUACUUACCAUAUACUUCAGCCCAACAGGGUGGACUUUUGUCGACGCUGCAUAAAAAUAGUGCGGGCUUGUGAGCUUUUUCCCGCAAAUUUUGUUUUUUGAUGUUUGGAUUACCUGUACAAUUUCUAAGGAUGUUGAAGUUUUCUGCAUUGUGAUUCACUGGUUUUUGAAAGCAAUGGGGUAAUCUUUGUUGGACGUUAUAUACUAACCUAAUGACUGUUUUUAAAGCAAAGCAAUUGAAAGGAAAACUUAUAUUUUCAUACGAAGAAGAUGAGUGGCGAUACUUACUGUAUGUUGUACGCAUGUUUUGAGCAGUGCUUCGAAGAACAUGAUAUGAUUGGACCUUGUAUCUUAAAAGUGUACUUGGAACAGCCGAACAAAGUGGUAAAUUGUGUUACCCAGUGUGUUGGGCAUCAUAAUUCACAGGAAUAGUACACAGUGGCGUUUAAGCUGGCUAUGAAAUAUUGUGAAUACUUCGUCGAGUUCUCUACCGCCAUGUGACCUGUAGUUUAACGUGGCACGCGUCUUUGAAAGGGCUUUACUUGACUUUAAUCGACAUAUAAGGUAUAACUUAGGUAAGCCAACAUUUCAAUGCAAGCUUCAUUUUCAUAUCUUUAAUGUGCGAAUAUUUUUCAUUUUGUAAAAAAAUAAGCACAAUAUGUUGUUGGAGAAAGUAUCAAGUGCUAUAAUAUAAUAACGCUCAGAUCUUGUAUACAGAUAUUCGUAUUUUAUUCAAAAUCUACCCUUUAUCACCACUUUUUUAUUCUUUUAUGUUAAAGUAUACAUAAUCCUUGACUUAAAAACACGAUGAUCCACUCGAGGAAAAUUAGGCAAAGGGGCGAUCUUUGCAGAGAAACUUGACCUUUCGGUGAAAUUGGUAGUUCAGAGACCCUAUUUUCAUUGUAGUAUUUCGUGGCAAUUUGUUGGCCGAUUUCUAGUUUAUAUUGUAGAACGGGUUCCUAGUGAAUUAAAUUAAUACAGAGUAGUAAUAAGCGCGACUCCUUUUUGUUGACGGAUGUUGAAUUCAUUUUAGAUUUUAUGGGUAAGGUUACAUGUAUGUCUUUCUCGUAAUCCAUGUAAAUAUUCCUUCGACCACGUAGCUCAAUGGUCUAUCAUUCAAGCACACCUCCGCAUCGAGCAGACUUCCUCGAGUCCCUUCCAGGACAGAAGACCGUUUCCGAUGGUUUUGUGUAGAGCGUUCUUCACAAGACCAACCAUUCGCUCGAACUGACCGCUCCACCAAGGGGCGCGGCAGAAAGAGUGCGCAAAUGCUCUCGUUGCACCAAUUUCGUCGUGUAUGGAUGAGAGUCUGGGAGAUAGAUUGGGUACUCGCCUUGAACCCGGCCUCGACACUGAAGAAUCCCCUGUUCAUUUGGUUGAAGGUUAAGUCGUAAAAGAUCUUCCUCAUUGUCGCUGCUUUUUUGCGCUCGUUUGAUCAAACCAUGCUGGGACAUUAGUUCAUCGGUUGUUAGUGGACCUCGGAUGACGUGGUUGGGAUGUUGGCAGUUGUAAAUGAAUCUCGCUAUCCAUGCCAUGAUCAGUUCUUGCUUUAGUCAGUUCGUAAUUGUCAAGGUCUAGCUGGCGGUGUUGGUUUCUGUAGCUCCUGCGAAAAUUUCCCUGGUUACUCUUGCUUCUGCUUGGCUCUCUGCAGAUGACUGACUUACAAUAUCUUGUGGCCAAUUCUCGGGGGUUGGCCAUCCAUUCAGGACUAUUCCACCACAGCUCCUUGUUUUGAACAUCACCACCCGUGCUUGUCAGAUCUGCUGAGUUUUCUUCCUUAGGGAUGUGUCUCCAUUUGAUCUCUGGUUUUGCUUGAAUCUUCCUGACACGAUUCUUGACAAACCGUUUGCACUGACCUCUACCUCUGAUCCAGUGAAGGACCACUAAACUGCCCAUCCACUCACAAAUAUCUGUAACAGGGAAACCAUUCAGAGCAUCCUUGACAUUGGUAAGGAGGUUUGUCACCAUAUGAGCUGCCACUAAUUCCAAUCGGGGAAUGAUAAGUCACCAUCACCACUUGCAUCGCCGAAACCAUGUAACUGAAUGUACUGUAUCGGUUGUUUAUAUGCCGCUAAGGAUCUAGGCACGUUAACUUGCUGGGAUGCCAUGCACGUUUCAAUUCGGUAGGUAACUGCAAGCUUCUGGUCACAAAUGGCUCGGUACAACAGUUUUCCUUGCAAGGUAAAGGGGGGAAACGAGUCCGAGGGGGUCAUAUAUACUUGCAAGCUUGCUCAACACAGCUCGUUUCGUUUCUUCAACUUUCUCCUCUGAAAAGGAGACACUUAUCUCCUUAGUUUUUUGUUUGUUAUUUAUUGUCAUGGAUUUUUAUUUGAAUGUUAUAGCAAUAUAGCAGUAGUUUUUAGUUGCAUCUAUUCAGUUUCUAACUAGAAUCUAAAGACUCCGUUGAGCAGAACAAGCACCUUCCAAGGAUCGUAUUUCAACCGUAUAAUCAAGCUCUGCAGGAACAGUAUUAUGAUCACUUCCACUUCUCGAAGCUUUUCCAGCUUAUCGAUGUUUAAAAUGUUGGCUAAAAACAUAUUUAGUUUAGAGCUGAACAGAAUCUUUGACGUGGACAUGACGUACACAUGGAGUCUAGUGCGGGACUGCUCUUGCCAUAGGUCAUAGAGUAAACUAAUUAUUUAGAAGUAAAACGUUCAAUUAGGAACGGAUGAUGCUUCGUGCGUCAACAUAACUAAUCACUCCAAGAGAGUUGACUAGCUCGACCUCCAAAUCAUCAUUCACUCCUGUUUGACCAUUUUACUGCUUUCGUUGAUUUCAUAGUUUCAUAAUACAUAUAGUUAUAAAUAUCUGUUAUUACUUAGUAGAGAAGGGAGGUGCCUUACAUGGGACUUCUAUAUAUAGUCUCGUUUGCACCUUCCCUUUUGGGUCAGUUGAUGUUGUACUAAUUAUUUCAAUGUAAUUUAUGGCACCAAUAAAGUUAUUAAAUCAAUUAAAUCAAUUCCACUGUAUUAAUUUGUGCAUUUUUUCUCCAUUUUAGAUAUUUUCUAAACAUGUAUUUACACCAGGUCAUCUAAAAAAACUUGCACAAGCUUACAAAAUUCGUUUGUCUACAGAUCAAGUAUCAAGCACGUUCACCUGUGAU